AUUACCUACCUAAAUUACCUUAUAUCAAUUUUUAACGUUUUUCAAAUAAAAAAUAAAUUCUAAUUAUAUCAUCAUUGAUUUUAUAAUAUACAGAUUAGCUGUGCUAGGCAAAAAAUCGGCAACAGUUAGUCGCUGGCAGCCACUAUGAAGCGCUAUCGGCGGCCGCUGGCAGCCGAGGUGUUACCCCGCCUUAGGAUGGAUAAGAGGGAAGUGGUGGGUAAGAUCCACUGCUGAGUAGUGUGACCAAAUAACCAAUAAUAAACUAUGCGCUUGUAAUGCCAUCAUUUUCGUUAUUUGCACACCGACUUUAUAUACCUACCUAAUCUUAUCGUAUUUAUUUUUAUUUUUAUUAUUACUUGAAAUUAAAACUCCGCGGAAAACGAUACCUAGGCACCUAGUGGCUAGUACAUUAGUACUCUGUAAUUUGUGUGCUACUGCCAUUAUCUGGGUUAUUAUAUUUUGUUAUAUCGUUUGUGAUAUUUGCACAGUAAAUCACUAAGACACAGAGCCAUACAAUAUAUUUUUCGAUUUAUUUCAAGUUUUUACAGAAUUGUAACUAUAUCUAAAAAUUUUAAGAACUGAUUUAUUAAAAUAUUUUUUUAUUAUUUUAUACUUAUUUAAUUAUCUACUUUGGAAAAUGCCGGGUACCAAAUGUCAGUAUUUUAAUUGUUUUAAAACAACAACACAAUUCCCCAAUAUAUCAAUGUUUCGAAUCCCAAAAGAUGAAAGACGUGAAACUUGGAUAAUUAAUUCUGGAAAUUUAAGUUUAUUGUCACUAGACGAAAAACAGUUGUACAAUCGUUACAUAUGCCAGGAGCAUUUUUCUCCAGAUUAUUUUUUAAAUUAUAAAAACAACAAAUUGAAAUCAAAUGCAAUUCCUUAUAAAUACAAUUCAGACAAAAGCCCAUCUACAUCUUCUGCAGGUGUAGGUGAUGAAGAUGUAGACAAUAUCAACAAACCAUUAACUCCGACUAAAACUUACGGAAGAUCGAGAAAUGAAAUGACUGAGCUUAUAUUUCCAAGCCCAUCUUCUAUUACAGAUACCCCUAAAAGAAAAAUUAUAAAUGACUUAAUAAAUAUGCUAACACCAAAUUCAAAAAGGUUGAUUUACGCGGAUGAAGAUGACACACCAAGAAAAAAAAAUUUUAAAUUAAAAAUAGAUCAACAACAAAUUAAACUACGUAAUAAAAAUAUCCAAGUUUGUAAAUUAAAACAACGUGUAACACGAUUUAAGACUCGUAACACAUUACGAAGUCUUAUGUAUUCGCAUCAAUUUCGAUCAAAAAAUGCUAGAGCAAUCGUAACAAUGCAACUUAGAAAUAAGAAAAUACCUUGGACACUAGAAGAAAAAAAUCUGGCUUUGACUUUGUUCUACAAAUCCCCAACAGCCUACAAUUUUUUAAGGCUACAAAAUAUAAACUUACCAGCUCCAUCGACCAUUCGUCGUUGGAUCGGACAGUCAAAAUUUUUCCCUGGCUUAAGUGGCACAUUUUUUAGUCACAUUAAAAAAAAAUUUGAACAUAAAACAAAUAAUGAAAGAAGUUGCAGUAUAAGUUUUGACGAAAUGUACAUAAAAUAAUUUUUAGAAUAUUCAAAAAACUAUGACUUCAUUGAAGGAUUUGAAGAUUUUGGACAUUAUGGUCGAACAAAUAAAAGUGCGAAUUGUGUAAUGGUUUUUAUGGCUCGAGGAUUGUAUUCGCCGUGGAAAUUUCUAGUUGUGUACUUUUUGGCUCAUUCAGGAGUAAAACAUAAAUUACUAAAAGAUUUAAUAAUUGAUGUCCUAAGUGAAUUAUUUAAAAGCGGAUUGUGUCCUAAAGUAUUUGUUUGUGACCAAGGCACAAACAAUCAGAGUGCAUUAAAGUCGUUAGGCGUAGAUAAAAACAAUCCUUAUUUCUUUGUAGAAAAUAAUAUAAUAUAUUCAAUUUUUGAUGUUCCGCACUUAAUAAAAAGUUUAAGAAAUAAUUUAAUAGGUUGUAGUUUUGAAAAGGACAAUAUGACGGUUGCAGCUUUUAGUGAUAUUGCAGCAACAUA